CGGGAUUUUUUUUUUGUGUGGACUGUGCUUAGCUGUAAUACGGGCUGUAGGUGAUUGAAUGGUCAUGGCUCCUAGAGAGGGUUCUGAGAGAAGUUCGGUAAUGGAUGGAAUCCGAGCCAUUCUACUCGGGCCCCCCGGAGCCGGAAAGGGGACCCAGGCUCCAAAGCUCGCUGAAAAAUACUGUGUGUGCCACCUUGCCACUGGGGAUAUGCUGAGAGCCAUGGUAGCAUCAGGGUCAGAACUCGGUACACGUCUGAAGGCCACUAUGGAUGCGGGUAAAUUGGUUAGUGAUGAAAUGGUGGUGGAGCUGAUUGAAAAGAACCUGGAUACUCCUCCCUGUCAGAAGGGAUUUCUCUUGGAUGGAUUCCCCCGCACUGUGAAACAAGCAGAGAUGUUGGAUGACCUUUUGGAAAAGCGUCAGGAGAAGCUAGACUCUGUGAUUGAGUUCAGCGUGGAUGACUCCUUGCUUGUGCGAAGGAUAUGUGGAAGGCUCAUUCACCCAUCCAGUGGGCGAUCAUACCAUGAAGAGUUCAAUCCUCCCAAGGAGCACAUGAUAGAUGAUGUAACAGGAGAACCACUGAUCCGACGCUCAGAUGAUAAUGAGAACACCCUAAAGUCGAGGCUAGAAGCAUAUCACACAAUGACAGCGCCACUAGUGUCUUACUACCAACGGCAUGGGAUCCACACUGCUGUAGAUGCGUCACAGGCACCGGACGUUGUCUUUGCCAGUAUUUUGGCAGCUUUCUCCAAAGCUCGAUCACACUGAUUCUCUGGGCCUUGAGCAGCUCAUCCUGCAGUCUCCAAGAUUUGUACACAUCUGUAUGGUUCCUGAUCUAUAGGGACCUCAUACCAUUACUCCUACAUUUAAACUGUUUUACCAUCAAAAUCCAGCAUCCAUUCUCCUCACUAAUACCAUCUAAAUUAUGUUCAGUAUUGACCUUGUUAGAACUUUGAUGCUUUGCCCAGUAUAAGUAUUCACUAUGUAAAAGACAGCAGGGUAGGCUUAUCUAAAUGAGAAUGGUAUCUGACAUUCUCUGUUCCAAGAUCAAAUCCAGGUGAGUCCUGCAUGCUGCAAUGACCAUGUGUGGUCUGGAUUACACCGACCACCUGUGUCCUACAGUACAUAAGUCUUAACGGUAGAGUGAGAAUAGCUAUGAGCUUUUGUUCAAAUGAGUGAAGAUUAUCUCCAGGAUUCUCAGAAUCUGCAUCCUGGUGUGUUACCGAAAAGGUUUUCUCCACAGCUGUUCCGUUUUCAAUCCUCCUUGUGACUCCUUGGUGUUCAGAUAUGCAAUGUGCCUUUGUGUAAAAUCCAAAGCAAUAAAGGAUUUGCAAAAUUAAA